AAAAAGGGUUUAUCAAAAUUGUUCGGAAUUGGCGAUCCCUGUCUGCAUAUUUGCGAAGCGAGCUCAGAACGAAACGAAGCACCUCCGCCUUCUUCAACGUCUCUCUCUCUACCUCCGUGUCUUCGUCUUCCUCGGAUGCAUCAGCACGCCAUAGCCUGCAAAUUUCAUCCCUCGUUUCCUCACCAUGCUCUUUCCCUCCCAAUUUUCUCCCUCCAAAGCCCUAAUUCUCGCCUCCUCUCCUUUUUCCCCUCAUCCCCUCGACGCCAGCGUGUGAAUACCUCCGUCUUCCUCCGAUGCCGGAGCUCCGCCACCGCCGAUGUCUCCCCUGUCAGAUACGACUCUUCCGUCGGCUCCGGCGGGGACCGGAUCUCGGAGAAUUCCAGGGGGGUCUUUCUCGCGGAGAAACCUAUCGACGUUGCAACGUUGGGCAAUCUCUGCGUCGACAUUGUCCUCGGCGUUCCCGAAUUGCCGCCGCCGUCUCGCCGCGACCGCGAGGCCUUCAUGGACAAAUUCUCUGCUUCUCCUCCGGAUAAGAAAUACUGGGAAGCUGGUGGGAACUGUAAUAUGGCUAUAGCUGCUGCUAGACUGGGACUUAAAUGUGUUGCAAUUGGCCAUGUGGGUGAUGAGAUCUAUGGAGAGUUCCUUUUAGACGUGCUCCAAGAAGAGGGAAUAGAUAUGGUUGAGAUGAGAAGAGAAAAAAGUGCCAUGGAUCCUCGUCCAAAGUAUCAGACUCUUCUUUGUUGGGUUCUUGUGGAUUCUUUGCAGAGGCAUGCCUUUUGCAGGAGUACUGAGGGCUUUAUGCUUCUAUUUUUCAGUCCAGCCGAUUAUUACCAGGAACCUGCUUUCAAUUGGAUAACCGAUCUGUCAGAUGAAGUGAAGACGGCAAUUAGACAGUCGAAGGUUCUUUUCUGCAAUGGUUAUGACUUUGAUGAAUUAAGCCCUAGUUUUAUCACGUCAACCAUAGAUUAUGCUACACAAGUUGGGACAUAUAUCUUCUUUGAUCCUGGACCACGGGGAAAUAGCCUCGCCAAUGGAACUCCUGAGAAGCAGAAAGCACUUGUGCACUUAUUAAGAAUGAGCGAUGUUCUUCUUCUGACAUCUGAAGAGGCAGAGGCUUUGACUGGCAUCAGAAACCCUGUACAGGCAGGACAACAGAUUCUAAGGAGUGGAAAGCGUACGAAGUGGGUAAUAGUAAAAAUGGGUUCUAAAGGUUCUAUUUUAAUCACCACGUCCAGUGUAUCACUGGCACCUGCGUUUAAGGUGGACAUAAUUGACACUGUCGGAUGUGGAGAUAGUUUCGUGGCCGCUAUUGCACUGGGAUUCAUACGCAACAUGCCUCUGGUUAACACCCUAACAAUUGCAAAUGCUGUCGGGGCAGCUACUGCAAUGGGAUCUGGUGCAGGCAGAAAUGUGGCAAGAAGGCAACAAGUCAUUGAUCUCAUGAAGGCUUCAAAACUGAACGAUGACCAUGACAUUUGCAAGGAACUGCUGUCUGAAAAUCUAGAUUGCUCGAACGUAACUCUGCUUUCCAAAGGUGUAAUAAACGGCAGCAGCAGCAGCAGCAGUAGGGUAGAAAGAGUCUCCAUGGAAAAGGUCGUCUCUGAAUUGCUUACAGAGCUCGAACUCGAAAGGUUUAGCAUGAAGGUGUCAUCACCCUGCUGAUUCAGUCUAAGCAAGAGUUGCUUCCUCGUCACAUACAGUCGGUCAGCAUUGUUUCGGAAUUCCUCCCAAAGAUUUUGAUCCAUCCACAGCUAUUGAUCGCGAUUGGUAAGAGAUGAGAAAAUUACAGGGGAAAGAUUCGACGUCUCCCGGGGAGAUAGAUCAUACCAUCUGAAUGAGGAAUAUCGGGUAAUUGAUUUGAAUCUCGGGCCGAGGGGAAUGACUAGAGAGAGCAAUUUGGUGGAGAAGUGCAAAGUUUGCGUGUGCGUGUGUGUUUUGGGGGUGUGAUUGAGUUCCGUCUUUCACAUGGCUUUUGGGUUUUUGAGUUCUUCUUUCCUAUAGGGUUUUGGGGAAUGCAUAAUGCUUAAUUCCUUUCUGUAAGAAAGCUCCUCAUAUUGUUUUCAAAGAGAACAACAAGGGAAGGUUGUCAUCUUCAAUAUGCUUUCACAUUGGUCUU